AUGGCAUUCAAAACAUUAGACACAGUCGUGGUAAACACGGGCUCCCAAAAUGACCAGCACUCUGCCUCAGUGCCACCAGUAUACUUGUCAACUACUUUCAAAGUAGAUCUGAGUAACGAAACUGCACAGGAUUACGAUUACUCAAGAUCGGGCAACCCCACCAGAAGUGUCCUUCAAAACCAGAUAGGCAAGCUCUAUCGUGUCCCCCAGGAAAACGUUUUGGCUGUAAGCAGCGGUAUGACGGCGCUAGACAUCAUUCUACGUGGACUAGUCCUAUUUAACGGCACCGAUAAUCACACUCCAACUAUAAUAGCAGGUGAUGAUCUUUAUGGAGGCACACAAAGGCUACUGAACUUUUUCAAGCAACAGAGCCACGCGGUCUCAGUUCACGUGGACACUUCAGACUUUGAAAAGUUCAAGACCGUUUUCCAGUCGUUAGAUAAGGUUGAUUGUGUUCUUCUAGAAUCUCCAACAAAUCCACUUUGCAAGGUCGUAGAUAUCCCUAGAAUAUUGCGUUUUGUGAAAUGCAUAUCCCCUGAGACCACAGUGGUCGUUGAUAACACUAUGAUGAGUGGGCUUAAUUGUAACCCUUUGCAACUGGACCCAGGCUGUGACGUUGUAUACGAAUCCGCUACCAAGUACUUAAAUGGUCACCAUGAUUUGAUGGGGGGUGUUAUUAUUAGUAAAACAGCAGAAAUCGCCGCAAAACUGUAUUUUGUCGUCAACUCUACGGGUGCCGGUUUAUCCCCAAUGGAUUCCUGGCUUCUGGUGAGAGGCCUGAAAACUUUAGGAGUCAGAUUAUACCAACAACAGAGAAAUGCUAUGAUAUUGGCCCACUGGCUAGAAGACUCAUGCGGGUUCAAGCCUACCGAAACGAACAAGACUACAAAGACUAGGUUUGUGGGGUUACGCUCCAACCCUGAUUUUAAGCUACACCAAUCGUUCAACAGCGGUCCAGGUGCAGUACUGUCUUUCGAAACAGGAUCAUUUGAACAUUCGAAGAGACUUGUCAGUUCCAAAAAAUUGAGUAUCUGGGCUGUGACGGUAUCUUUUGGAUGUGUGAAUUCGCUUUUAUCCAUGCCUUGCAAGAUGUCUCACGCAUCUAUUGAUCCUGAACUGAGGAAGGAAAGAGAUUUCCCUGAGGAUUUAAUUCGUCUUUGUUGUGGUAUCGAAAACAUAGUGGAUCUGAAGAAAGAUUUAUUGGCGGCGAUGGUUGACGCUGAUAUUAUAGAAAUAAGAGAAAAUGGUAAAUACCUUUUCAACAAGUUGAACAAUAACUUAGCCGUCAACACUACUACCGAUGAACUACACAAACCUUUAAGUGUUUAUGAAGAAUUUUACAAUCAAGAUUUCAUUAGAAAGGAUUCAGAAUUGAACGUCAUGGGUUCCAAACUAUAA